AUGAUGUCAGUUUGCUCUUUUGUCUGCUUUCGUUUACUUUUUGGAUCGUUUCCUCUGCUAGAUUCACAACGCCCUCUGCGAUUCCAUAGACAUCGAGGACUGUCAUGGACAAAUUUGCGAGAUCUCAUUGGUAAUCGGAAAUGCAUACUGGAAGGCGUUGCUCCGAAUUGUCUUUUGCUUCGAAAUAUUGCCGCAUAUAUGACGGACCUAUUCGUAAUGUUUGGCGUUAUUCCUAAGUCUGGAGAAAUAGGAUUCCAUAGAAGCGUUCGGUUCGUUAUUAUCCAAGGUGCAUGUCUUGUGGUUCGUCUUUGCUGUAAUCAAGUUAUGUUUUAA